CGAUGGCAAUUUUGUGAACACAAUUGAAAAAGAGCCCAAUUUUGGUAGACCAUCUAUUUCUCUAUCUACAAGUCUCUCUACAAGUUCUUAUACCAUUAUUAUUCAAUCCUAUCAUCGUCUUCCCAAUCAGUCUCAAUCUUACGGUAACCGGAAGGUUUCGCCGUCCGAUCGUUUGGGGCUUGGAGAUCACCGGUCGGACCUUCCGAACAGAGUAUGGAGCGAAGGAGGUGGUUAAAAGUGGUGAUUUUGAUAUGUUUAUUUGCUGUUUCUGGGGGCAGAGAACUCCAGGUCAAACAUAAGCAUUAUUCGUCUAUUUACAAUCACACGCUUGCUAAAAUUAUGGUGGAGUAUGCUUCUGCGGUGUACUUGUCAGAUUUGACAGAGCUAUUUACUUGGACAUGCUCAAGAUGUGAUGAUUUGACUGAGGGGUUCGAAAUGAUAGAGCUGAUCGUUGAUGUCCAGCACUGCUUACAGGCAUUUGUAGGGGUGGCAAAGGAUCUUAAUGCUAUAGUGAUUGCAUUCAGAGGCACUCAGGAACGCAGCAUACAGAAUUGGGUUGAAGACCUGUUCUGGAAACAACUUGAUAUAAAUUACCCUGGCAUGCCGGAUGCAAUGGUGCAUCGUGGAUUUUAUUAUGCUUACCACAACACCACUUUACGUCCUGGAAUUCUAAGUGCUAUUAAAAGAGCAAAAAAGUUAUAUGGGGAGAUGAAGAUUAUGGUGACAGGACAUUCAAUGGGAGGGGCUAUGGCUUCCUUUUGUGGAUUGGAUCUCAGAGUCAAUGGUGAAGCUCAGCAUGUUCAGGUCAUGACAUUUGGACAACCUCGUGUUGGCAAUGCUGUUUUUGCAACUUACUAUAGUGAACUUGUGCCAAAUACGAUCCGAGUCGUAAAUGAACAUGACAUUGUGCCUCAUUUGCCUCCCUACUAUUCAUAUUUCCCGCAAAAGACAUACCAUCAUUUCCCGAGAGAGGUGUGGCUUUACAAUAUCGAAUUGGGAAGUUUAGUUUAUAGAGUUGAGAAGGUUUGCGAUAGUUCUGGUGAGGACCCGUCUUGUAGCAGGUCAGUGGCCGGAAACAGCAUCUCAGACCAUUUAGUGUAUUAUGGUGUUAAGAUGGGGUGUGAUGCAGUGUCUACAUGCCAUAUAGUGAUGGGUCCUCAUGUGGCUGCAUACGGUACGAAAGAUGUUGGGGGAAAUAUCGUCUUGUCCAGAGAUCCUUCCAACCUUUUUUUAAAACUGAAUACGGGGCCAGUUGUUCCGAGCACUUCUUCCACUUAGAUUUUACUUUGGUUGGUACGUGAUUUUUCUCUUCGAAAAUUGAUCGAGAGAGGUCAUUCUGGAUAAGCUUUUUUCCAGAAAGAUAUACCUGAAGAAUGUCAUUGCUGGGGCCUUUGUUGGGGGAAUAUGUAUAUAUUGUAGUGUGUAUAUUUCAUUCUGUCAAUAUGUGUACUGGUUCUACAUCUGAAGUCCAAAAUUAAACUUUUGUACAUUUCAUCCUUGUCAAUAUGUUCACGGGUUUUACAUUGAAAUCAAUCGUAGUAGUUUAAUUUCCUCU